AUGAUCCAUACUGGGGAAAAGCCAUAUCAGUGUGCUACAUGUGGGAAGGGUUUCAAAACCAACCGAGAGCUCACUGUCCAUCAGAGAACACAUACUGGAGAAAAGCCAUAUCUGUGUACAGAGUGUGGAAAGGCUUUUACUCAGGCAGGGGAUCUCAAGAAACACCAGAGGAUACAUACUGGGGAAAAGUCAUAUCCGUGUUCAGAGUGUGGAAAGCGUUUUACUGAUGCGGGUAGUCUCAAGAAACACCGGAUGAUACAUACUGGGGAAAAGCCAUAUCGGUGCUCAGACUGUGGAAAGACUUUCAGAACGUUGGUUCAGCUCAAGAUACACCAGAGGAUGCAUACUGGGGAAAAGUGUUAUCACUGUUCAGACUGUGGAAAGACUUUCGCUGAUUUGUCUACUCUCAAGUUACACCAGAAAAUCCAUAGUGGAGAAAAGUGUUAUCACUGUUUAGAUUGUGGAAAGGCUUUUGCUCGUUUGUCUAACCUCAAACACCACCAGAAAGUCCAUACUGGGGAAAAGCCAUAUCCGUGUGCUACAUGUGCGAAGAUUUUCAAAACCAACAGAGCGCUUACUGUCCAUCAGAGAACACAUACUGGAGAAAAGCCAUAUCAGUGUGCAGAGUGUGGAAAGACUUUCAGAACAAGCUCAAUGCUCACUGUCCAUCAGAGAAUACAUACUGGAGAAAAACCAUAUCGGUGUUCAGAGUAGUGUGGAAAGACUUUCACAACAAUCUCAGAGCUCACUGUCCAUCAGAUAAUACAUACUGGAGAAAAACCAUAUCGGUGUUCAGAGUGUGGAAAGACUUUCAGAUCAAGCUCAGAGCUCACUGUCCAUCAGAGAACACAUACUGGAGAGAAGCCAUAUCGGUGUUCAGAUUGUGUGAAGGUCGCCAGUGUCUCACAAGAAUGCCUUCCGAUCUAG